GAAAUUACGAGUCGCAUGCGCAGUCAGUCACGGCCAACGCAGUAGACGUGACGGCCAUUAUGCGAUAAAUGAUUCAAUUUUAAUUGUAUUUGUGUUAAACGACAUAGAUUGGUUAUGGCACCGAACACUCAACAUCAAGUCAGUUUCCCCAACCUUCCCUACCCUCAUCUUCGAGAUAUACCCCCGAAGACGGGCCGACAAUGGUUGGAUGGCAAAAGAAAGCAGGAUGGAGCUGAAAAUCUUUGGAGGAUUCACGACAACCUGUAUGAUUUGACUGAGUUUAUCUCUUCACAUCCUGGAGGUACCCAGUGGCUGGAAUAUACUAAAGGCACAGAUAUAACAGAGCAAUUUGUUACACAUCACUUAGGUGGUGUCGCCGAAUCAAUCAUCCCGAAAUAUUUCGUUCGAAAGGCGAAUUCGCAACGGAAUUCACCCUUCACAUUCGCUGAAGACGGCUUUUAUGUAUCUCUAAAAACAAAAAUCGUUGACAAGAUAAAAGAUAUACCGAAGGACGCGAGGAAAAAGAGCGAUAAUGUAACUGAUGCGUUACUGAUUCUUUUUAUAAUUGGUGGUCCUUUAUGCUGUUGGAUUUGGACACAGAAUGCGCUGGUCGGUCUUUUGUCAACAGUCGUACUUGGCUACGCACUUAGCGCGCUAACAGUUUGCGCCCACAAUUAUUUUCAUAGAUCUGACUCCUGGAGAAUGUAUUUGUUUAACUUCAGUGGAUUUUCUUAUGCAGACUGGCGGAUAACUCACGCAAUGUCACAUCAUCUGCAUACAAAUACGGCCCAAGAUAUAGAGAUAGGGCUGUUAGAACCCUUCCUUCAGUUCAUGCCAAAUCCGGAUAAACCAAUUUGGGCCCAAAUGGCAGCUUUUUAUUAUCCCAUCGUAUUUGCUUUCGUUUCUCUUGGAUGCCUUUUAAAAGAGUUUGUUGUUGGAAUCGUUGGAUACCGUGGCGCUUCAGUGACCUGGGCUCAUACCCUACCAUACACAGUACCAGUAUGGAUGUGGCUAGCUAGCGGGCUAUACCUUCCUUGGACGAUCGCUAUCUGGUUACUAUCACUAAUGAUUGCAAGUGAAUUCUUCAUGGUGUACGGCCUUACGGCAGGCCACCAUGCCCAUACCAAUUUCUUUGAAGGAGAUGUGCCUAGAUCAGAGCAGCUCGACUGGGGUAUUCAUCAACUGGAUACAGUUAUAGAAAGGGAGGAGUAUGCUGGAAACCACUUCAAAUCGAUCACGAGGUUUGGAGAUCACGCCCUACACCAUCUCUUCCCAACGCUGGAUCAUGCUGAGCUGAAAUACCUUUACCCAAUACUCUUAGAACAUUGUGAGAAGUUCGAAAUGCAACUUCGGACCACUGAUUUCUAUGGAGCUCUAUUGAGCCAAAGCAAACAGCUGAUAAGAAAACGGCCAAAUAAUUUCAGAGAAAUAAAAAUUAAAUAGACUGACAUCGUUCUUGCACCGUUCUAAAAGCAUAUCUUUCCAUCAACGCAGAAAUUGAAAUAGGUGGAAAGAGACAAAUACUUUAAUUGAAAUAAUGUAAAUUAAAAAGGGGGGUUAGGGUAAGGGUAGACUAGUCGCAAAUAACUCCCGUAUGUCAGAACUCAAUACAUUUGCAACUUAAAUAAGAAUAGAUUCUAGUACUGUGUUUUAAUAUAAUACUUAAUAUACAUAGUCUGUGAUAUUGAAGUAAGGACAAAAUUAGUUAUUAAGAAUUAAGAUACCUCAUGAAUUAUUUUUUGUUCUUCUCACGUCAUUAUGUUAAAGGCUAAUGGAAACAAAAAAAUUCCAAGCCAACUACAAAAACUUGUUUUGCAACUAAUGUUUAAAACAUCUUAAUACUUAACAACGAUGAUUUUAUUUAAUUUAUAAUAUUAAUUUGAUUGACAUACUACUAAUUGGACCUAAUGUACUGAGCAAUGCAUAGAUUUAGCAAACAUAGUUCCGAAUUAAUCACCUUGUAGUAAUUAUGAUAUUGAGACUUUGACUAAACCGAAUAUAGAUUAAGACUUGGUCGCUUAACUAAUUUUGUAAUUUAGAAAUGUUAAAUGAAUUAAAAGUAUGUUUAAUA